AUGGAAAUGAACUUGGUGAGUAACGGUGAAAAUGCUAAGCAGAGCGACGACCUAGGUGUGGCUUACGUUGACCUCAGUUGGGAGCUGAACGCAGAGAAGCGCCUGGCACGCUGUAAGCACUGCUCAUCACUUUUCUAUGCUCGUUUCGGUGGGCGUAGAAAUAUACUUCAUUUGGAGUACCAAAAAAUAAUGUUGACUGCGAAUUUUGACUGA